AUGGCCGAACCUCAGGAUGGAAAGCCCGCGCGCUACCGCUCACAACGAAAGGCCCCAGUCACAUCUACACCGCAAACAACAGCCGACGAAGGCAUAGGUAGAAGCAGGUCUCGCUACCACAAAACACGCCCCGGUGCUCCUCAUGCUCAAGAACAACCUCACUCCGAACCUACCAACGAUGCCCCCAUCUUCCCGACUAGAAGUCGCUCUACUCGUGGUAGCCGUGGUAGAGACGGAUCACGCGACGUAGAAGCUGGCGCUCUCGAUUCUGGAGACGACGGCUACGGAAGCACGCGAUCGCAACACAAGAGCCUGGAACAGUCAAAAUCUCCUCCGAGAGAAGAUUUUAUGGCCAGGGCAAGAGCACAGGCUCCUACACAAAUUCGCGCCAAAGUCGAGAACUUCAUACCCGAUCAGGAAGAGGGUGAAGUUUCGGCUGAAGAAACAGCUGGCUGUUUUGGAAUCUUCGGUCGCAAGAAGAAGAAUAAAAAUUCAACUCGAAAUGCUGCUGCCAAACCACUCAACUCACGGCCUGCCGUUAGUCAGUCGGAUGGCCCUACAGGUAUCAGACCAGGAGGUCGUGGCAUAGUACCCAUGACAGAUGCACCCAUAUCAGCACUCAAUGGCGCACAAGAAGGAAGCAGAAAUGUCCGUAUCGAGUGUAACGGAAAGCCUUUCAAUCUGCCUGUCGGACCUACAACUUCUGCUGCAGAUCUGAUAGCAUCAGCCGCUAAUUGUUUGUCUGAACCAAUUGAUCUCAAGACAGACGUCCUUCUCGAGAAAUUUACGUCAAAAGUGGACGUGACACGACCACUCAGACGCUACGAAUAUGUGUUCGACGUCAUGAACUCCUGGGACGAAGAUCGCUCCAACACGUUGCAGAUUGUCCCUGGUCGCGUCUUGACAAGCAAUCCAAGCAACCUGAGUCUGGCCAACGUCCCUCGAGAGAAACCAAGAGAUUGCUCAUUCCUGAUGCAACAUUCCCAUAAGCCGGGCACGUGGAACAAGCGUCUGAUCACCAUUCGUCAAGAUGGUCAACUCGUCGCGGCAAAGCCUGACAAAGAGGCCGAGACCACCAACAUUGGUCAUCUCACCGACUUUGAUAUCUACAACCCCACAGCUAGAUUCACGGCCAAGAUGUUGAAACCUCCUAAGAAGAUCUGCUACGCCGUAAAGAGCCAACAAAAGUCUAACAUAUUCCAACAAGACUCCAAGUCAGUCUAUGUCCAUUUCUUCUGUACGUCAGACGAGACUCUUGCCACUAGCUUCUAUGAUGCCGUGCAGGGCUGGCGCAGUUGGUAUCUGCACCAUGCCAAGGAUGAGGGCAAGAAGAAGGCGGCUUCUGGACUGGGUCGAUCAUCUAGCAAAGCGACAAAACAGUCCUCUCACGCCCACCAACCUUCGACUGGAUCGAUGGAUGCUCACUACCAAUUAGGCAGCUACAAGCCACUUAUGGAUCUUGACAAGUUUGAGAGACCCUCUUCAUCAAGGGGUCAAGACACUGCUUCCGGUGCUCCUGCGCGAAAGCCUUCAGUGCGAGAGCGAUCAAGUCAUCCCUCCGUUCUAUCCCAACAGGAGAAACUGGCGGAUGAUGAACCUCUUGGCAGAUUGGCAGGAAACAGAAGAGCUUCUGUCGAUCAAGAUUCUGCAGAAAGAGAAGCAUUCUCAGGAGAUGGAUUGCUCGGCAGAAGCUACUCUACUCGCCAGAAGGCUGCCGCAGAACGAGAAGCCGCAGCAAAAAAUCCAUGGGUUACAGGUCCAUCUCUACUAAGCGGUAAUCAAGCAGAAACGUUGACCCGUCAGGGCUCUGUCAAGCGAACGGGCUCUACAAGGCGUACCGAAGGUCAUGGCACUGACCUCAGGCAUCGUCCAUCUACUCGUGAGCGUCUCAUGGCAGCUGAUGACGGGUUAAAGCGAUCUGGAUCGACUCGCGCAAGGGAUCCGCCGAAGCCACUGCUUGAUCUGACUCCUACCUACCAGCCACCACCUCAGCAUGCAAGAAAGGGCAGAGGUGUCCAUCCCGACCAAGUUGGACCUGGAGGGUUAAUUGACAAUGCAACGAGCCCUGAUCAGCCAUAUCAAAUACCAUCUUCUCAAGAUUGGCGUGGUAACCGAGGCAGUGGCCCUAUAGCAGCUAGUGCAGGAGUCAGUCGCCAAAGGUCAUUGGCCCAUAGACCCGGGCAUGAUUCGACAGACGAUGCUUUCACGGGUCGUGGUCUUCUGAACAAUUCUCGCAGUGGCUACGAUGGUAAACCUUCUGUUGGUAGAGGUGUGGCGAGCGGCAACAGAAACGCACGAGAGCCCUUGGUGGAUGUCUCUGAAGAGGGUAAGUACAUCUCCGGCAGUCUCCUUAAUCAGGUCGCCAGGAAGGAAAGAGAAGAAGGCAGAGGUGGACCCAUCAUUGACCGCAGCAAAUAA